AUGUUUUAUUCCUUUGGGGUUGCCAAAUGUGAUCUAGUACCGUCGAUGGAUUCGGAUUAUGAAUAUGAUUCCGAAGAUGAUUACAGUGUCGAAUGGGAUGAUUACGAAAGAUCACCGGAUGAAGGAAGUUCAGGUGCAGCACAUCUAACGUUGUAUCUUUCAUUUCGACACUCCGGCGACAAACAGAUCAACGGUGAGAAUGGCAUACAAGUAGUUUCUACAGAAGAGAACCGCGGUAUCAUACGAAAACAGGAUAAAUUUCAAGAAAAAUUGUUGACAACUCAAGCGCAACUAGAAGAUAUUUUCUGCAGCUCGACGAAUGGUACGCUCUUAUGGAGCAUCACAAAUGUUGCUGAAAAAAUUGCUGAUGCACGAUCAGAACGACACGCAUCAAUCUAUUCUCCAAUAUUCUAUACAUCAACAACUGGCUACAAGAUGAGAGCACGACUUGAUAUGAACGGCUUUGAUAGUGCACGUGCUACUCAUAUGUCAGUAUUUCUUAUUCUGCUGAAAGGUGAUUAUGACGCUGAAUUGACGUGGCCGUUUACUCUCUCAGUGACAUUUUGCCUUUAUGAUCAAACUGGUGCAGGAAGACACGUCAUCGAUACGUACUAUCCUGGCACAAGAUCUUUUGAUGUAGUACAACCAGGUUCACGCAUAAAUAUUGGCUAUGCAGUACCAAAAUACUGUCCAUUAGGAAUUCUUGAAGGAUCAAACAGCAGCUAUAUUCGUGAUGAUACGAUGUUUCUCGGUGUUACCAUCAAUUUUGAUACGCAAGGAAAAGUUCCUGUACCCUAUACAGUCGCAUAG